UGUCCAGCAGCUGAUCGGUAAUCCAGAAAAAGUUUCCCCUCAGUUAGGGGGGAGCUCCACUUUGAAGCAGGAGACUCCACAACCACCCUGCAUUAAAAAGGAAGAGGAGGAACUCUGCAUCACUCAGGAGGGAGAGUGUCUUCUAGGACGAGAGGAAGCUGAUUACACCAAGUUUCCACUGAGUAUUCUCUCUGUGAAGACUGAAGAUGAUGAAGAGAAACCACAAGUAGACAACCUCUUAGCUCCACUAUCAGAUAGUGAGGCUGAAGACGAGGUUGAAGAACCUUUGAGCAGCGAUACAGACUGUGAAGGUGAUAUGAGGACUCACACUGACAACAAACACUCUGAAUGCUCUACAAAGAAGAGAGGUAAAACAUGUUUGAGCUGCUCGGUUUGUGCUGAAAGUUUUACUAAAAAGAGCCGUUUGACUCAACACAUGAGAACACACACAGGAGAAAAAACAUUUAAGUGUUCAGUUUGUGGCAAACGCUUUUCUCGAAAUGGCAAUUUGAUUCGACACAUGAGAACACACACAGGAGAAAAAACGUGUAAAUGUUCAGUUUGUGGCAAAAGCUUUUUUCGAAAUAUCUGUUUGACUCAACACAUGAGAACACACACAGGUGAAAAACCAUUUAAUUGUUCAGUUUGUGGCAACAGCUUUUCUCAAAAUAGCUCUUUGACUCAACACAUGAGAACACACACAGGUGAAAAACCAUUUAAUUGUUCAGUUUGUGGCAACAGCUUUUCUCAAAAUAGCAAUUUGACUAAACACAUGAGAACACACACAGGUGAAAAACCAUUUAAUUGUUCAGUUUGUGGCAACAGCUUUUCUCACAAUAGCAAUUUGACUCAACACAUGAGAACACACACAGGUGAAAAACCAUUUAGUUGUUCAGUUUGUGGCAACAGCUUUUCUCAAAAUAGCAAUUUGACUCAACACAUGAAAACACACACAGGAGAAAAAACAUGUAAUUGUUCAGUUUGUGGCAACAGCUUUUCUCAAAAUAGCGAUUUGACUCAACACAUGAGAACACACACAGGAGAACAACAAUUUAACUGUUCAGUUUGUGGUACAAGCUUUUCUCAGAACAGAUCGUUAUGUCGACACAUAAGAACACACACUGGAGGAAAACCGUUUAGUUGUUCAAUGUGCUGUAAAAGGUUCACACAUAAUGCAGGCGCAGUAAAACACAUAAGAACACACAAGGGAAAAUAUAUGUAUCAAAACUGACGUUGACGCAUAAGUGAUGCUGGGUAACAGUUCCCACAAUGGACCACAAUGGAAACAAGCCUUUUGGCUUUUUGUACCAUCCAUUUGCCUUUUUAAAGCAUUACAUGGAUUAAAUUCUUUAAGAUGUCAAUACACUUGUCAAUCAAUCAAUCCCAUAAAAAAGUGUCAACUUCUACUCCUCAGUCUGAUUGAUGUGCAAAUUAGAGACAUAUGAACAAUUAACCUCCAAGCCCCACCUCCCUCGAC